UGUCAACUGCGAGGACUUGAAGACUGCAAAUCCAAACAGGGCGGAUGGAUACUACGAAGUCACCGUGCAGGGCAUCAAGAUGACUGCCUACUGUGUCAUGGGAGAAGAGCCCGCCCUGACUUAUGUCGACAUUGUUGCAAAUACAAGGGUUCACUCAGCCGCCGGCCCAGACGAGGGCUUCGUCGACAAACACUUCCAAAAGGGGAGAAUUGAGUUCAACCGGUGUUUGGUGGCUAUGAAACUGACGGACACCAGAUUCACCUCUAGGUCAGGGACGGACAUGAGUUUGGAUGACGGUGUCGAGACAGCUAUUGGCAAAGGAGGAACUUGCAGCACUAUCGCAGAUAAUAACGGAAGAUCCCAGAUCGAUCUCGAGGAUACCCGAUUCCAAAUUCCAAGCUGGGUCAGCUUCGAGUAUCGGGGUCAAAACCCGUCGCAGCAGCAAAAUGUGAGAAGUAAACAGAUACUAGACAUCUCUGGAUCUGGAGAUUGUGCGUUUCAAAGAAUCCUGAUAAACCAAUACGAGAUCUACGUGUACAUGCCUCUUCAACUUUACCUUUAAAACAGUCAUGAGACGAGUUAAUUGCUGAAUUUGGGAUGCUUCAUGGCAGAAGGACCGAAAGCCCUCAAUUGCAUAUCCUUAUUCAGUUUUUGAAAUCCAGCACUUUUCAAAUAUAUUUUACGAUACCCGGAUUGGUCUGCCAGUAAUAAUCAGUACUGUUUCACAGUAAAA